AAGAAAUGGUUAGGAUUAAAUGAUUUCAAUUGGGCAGGUGCUGCCAGUUAAAGCUGUAGCGAAGAAAAAAGCAGCUCCAGUGAAGGCAGUGAAGAACGGAAAAGCUGCUGCCAAACAGGAGAGUGAGAGUGACGACGAUGAUGAUGAAGAUUCUGAAGAGGAAGCUCCUCCGAAGAAGGCCGCACCUGCCAAGGCAACUCCUGCUAAGAAGGCAGCGCCUGCUGAGGAGUCCUCCGAUGACGAGGAGGAUGAUGAUGAAUCCGAGGAAGAGCCGCCACCUCCACCCAAGAAGGCCACACCUGCUAAAGCCGCAGCGGCAAAGAAAGCUGCUCCUGUGAAGAAAGCAGCUCCCGCUGAGGAGUCUGAUGAGGAUGACGAUGAAUCUGAAGAGGAAGAAGCCCCGCCUCCUAAAAAGGCCGCUAAACCUGCAGCCAAAGCACCUGCUGCAAAAGCACCCGCAGCGGAGGAUGAAUCUGAUGAGGAGGAUGAUGAUGUUUGCUAUAAAUUUUCAGGUUUCAGUCUCUUCUUGGGCAACUUAAACUCCAAUAAAGACUUUGAUGAAAGUAAGUCCGCAAUCACAAAGUUCUUCUCAAAGGAAGGCCUUGAAAUUCAGGACGUCCGACUUGGUGGUAGCAAGAAAUUUGGCUAUGUCGACUUUGCGUCAGAGGAAGAGCUGCAGAAGGCUUUGGGGCUCAAUGGCAAGAAGCUGAUGGGCCUACCGGUGAAACUCGACAAAGCCCGAAGCAAAGAAAACUCCCUGGAAAACAAGAAAGAGAGAGAUUCACGCACUUUGUUCGUAAAGAACCUGCCGUACUCCAUAACGCAGGAGGAACUGCAGGAAGUCUUUGACCAGGCUACUGAUAUUAGGAUACCGAUGGGCAGCAACGGUUCUAGUAGAGGCAUCGCAUACCUGGAGUUCAAGUCUGAGGCGAUCGCUGAGAAGACUAUGGAGGAGGCGCAAGGGUCAGAUGUUCAGGGCCGAUCCAUCAUCGUAGACUUCACCGGAGAAAAGAGUCGGCAGGGUGGCAGAGCCGCUGGUUCUACAAGCAAAGUCCUGGUUGUAAACAACCUAUCGUUCAGCGCGACUGAAGAGGCCCUCCAGAGUGUGUUUGAGAAGGCCGUGUCCAUCAGAAUACCGCAGAACAACGGCAGACCGAAGGGGUACGUCCGGUGCUUCAUUAAUGCAAUCAGAGAUGUGUAGACGAGUUGAUUAGGU